GGGAGCCAAACCCAGGAACCUGUCCUUGGCCAGCUGCCAACUCCAGGAACUAUAUAAGGGGAGCCCUCCGCACCCCAGCAGGGAAACACCGAGACACCUCCUUCCCACCUUCUUGGUGUCACUCACUCCUCUUGAGUCACCAUGAGUAGGCAGGUCUAUGCCAUGAGGUGCCAGAGGGGAAGCUUCAGCAGUGGCUCGGCCACCCUACCAGGAGGGUGCUGGAGAAGGGCAGGGAGCUUGCUGUCGGUCCGCAAGAGCAGCGGCGGCUGCCACGGCUCUGCCCGCCCUGGAGGUUACAGUAGUUGGAGUCUCAUCGGCCUUGGUGGGAGCAAGAGCAUCUCCACCCGUGUAGCUGGAGGCCUGGGCCCUGGUGGCAGUCUGGGAAGCUUCAGGGGUGCGUGUUUGGGGAGGGGCAGCCUCUGUGGGGUGGGCUUUGGCCUCGGAGGUGGUUUUGGAGGUCUGGGGUCUGCAGGCCCAGCAGUCUGCCCUCGGGGCAUCCAGGAAGUUGUAACCAACCAAAGCUUGUUGGAGCCUCUGGAUGUGAAGAUUGACCCUGAGGCGCAGGAGGUGAAGCAGCAGGAGCGGGAGCAGAUCAAGGAACUCAACAACAAGUUCGCCUCCUUCAUUGACGAGGUGCGGUUCCUGGAGCAGCAGAACCAGGUGCUACAGACCAAGUGGGAGCUGCUGCAGCAGCUGGAUGUCAGCAUUCGCACCCCCAGCCUGCAGCCCAUCUUGGAGGGCUAUAUCGGCAACCUCAGGAGGCAGAUGGACAAGUUCAUGGCAGAGAAGACCCGGCAGGAAGCAGAGCUGAAGACCAUCCAGGAUUCCGUGGAGGAAUACCAGAAGAAAUACAAAGCAGAAAUCAACAGCAGGACAAAUGCUGAGAAUGACUUUGUGGUGUUGAAGAAGGAUGUUGACAGUGCCUACGUGGUCAAGGUGGACCUCAGUGCCAAGGUGGAUGCCCUGCAGCAGGAGAUCGAAUUCCUGCAAGUCCUCUAUGCUGCCGAGCUGGCCGAGGCACAGCAGGCAGUCAGCACCACCAACGUGGUCCUCUCCAUGGACAACAAUCGGCACCUGGACCCGGACAGCUUCCUUUCUGAGGUCAAGGCCCAGUACAAGGAAAUCACCCAGAGGAGCAAGGCUGAAGCCGAGGCCCUGUACCAGACCAAAUACCAGGACCUCCAGGUCAUUGCCGGGAGAAAGAGUGAUGACCUCCAAGUGAUGAAGAUGGAGGUCAGUGAGCUGAACCGAGCUAUCCAGAGACUUCAGGCAGAAAUCGCCAACCUCAAGAAACAGAGCGCCGCCCUGCAAGACACCAUCCUACAGGCAGAGUGGAAGGGUGAGGUGGCCCUUAAAGAUGCUCAGGACAAGCUGGCUGAGGUGGAGGCCGCCCUGCAGCAGGCCAAGGGGGAGCUGGCCCGGCUGCUGCGCGACUACCAGGAGCUGCUGGGAGCCAAGCUGUCCCUGGACGUGGAGAUUGCCACCUACCGCAAGCUGCUGGAGGGCGAGGAGAGCAGGCUGUCUGGAGAAGUCACCAACAGUGUGAGCUACGCUGUGACGUCAAGCACAGUCUCUAUUUCCCGUGCAACCUCUACUUCCCGUGCAACCACGUUUGGCUUCAGCUCAGGGGACAGAGCCUCCUCGAGGGGAGGCAGCGCCCUCAGAGAACCGGGUGUGGCAUCUGCAUCUGCGUCCAGGGCUGCGGGGUCUGCAGGGGCCAGCGGGAGCUCCCAAGGAUCUGGACCUCAAGUUGCGAAUUCUGGAGACAGCGAUGCUGGCGUAGGAAAUGAGGAGUCCGGUUCAACGAGAAACCAGGGCUCCAGCUCAGGGCACAGAAACCUGUAGGUCCCCCACACUCCCCAGAGGCAAAGAGGAAUCUUCCAGCCCUGAUCUCAUGGCAUCCAGCGACCCGAGCAUUUCACAUAUCUGCUCUGGCCCUACUCCCACCUGUUUAUUUUCUUUGGCAAUUUGGAGACAGGUUCCAAAACAAAUUUUUUUUCCCCACACAUCCAAAUGUUGGGGCCCCGUAGGAAACCCUUCACAGGCCGCGUCAACGGGUCUGCAGGCCUCAGUCACCUUCUCCCCUGCCCGCCCUGCGCUCCCACAGCGCUCCCAGUCCAUGCCCUCCCCUUCUGAGGUGCAGAAGCUAAAGCUCUUCUUCUCCCUCCAUCCUGAAGUACCGGCACACGCACGCACACCCCCUUUUCCAUCAUCACACUCAACUCUCAGUUAGCCACCUUAAUGGGGGUCAGCCUUUAUACCGACAAUCUGCGACGGUUUAUCAUGAUCUUGUUUUGAUUUGAUUUUCUGAAGCCCCAUCUGAGCCAUCCUGGGGCUUCCAGACUCUGCCUCCCAUAGAUUCACAGACCCCGGUGUUCACCAAGGGAGGAGGAGACAGGAAGGUCUGUGGGGACCUGGGGGUGCAGGCAUGCCAUCCGGGCCCCACCCCUUUCGCUGAGUGGCCAGUGUGGAUAUCCACCUGGAUGUAACGUGAGGGAUGGCUGAGUUCAUGUUCUCCCCUCCUCCAGGGGGGAGAGUAAAAAUAUAACAAGAACAAAUGUGUCUUAGGACCACGCUCCAGGCGGAGUCCAGUUUGAAAUAAACAUCCAGUGUGACCUGCUGGGCUAGACAGGGUGCGAACAGAGCCUGGGCCCCAGCUGUCAGUGGAGAAGGUCUUCUCCUGUGUUUCCUUUUAAAGAGUUGCCUGCAUUCACCUCCACACG